AGUUCCGGGUGCGCGGCCCCGGAUGUUGGCUGCUCCCGCUGCUGCCGCCGCUCUCGGCGCUGCUUCGGGCCUUGGCGGCUCGCAACAGGCGCGGUUGGGACCCUUCGCAGGGGGCGGAGUCGCACGCAGCGGCCGGGGGCUCGGCUGGGCCGUCCCGGCCUGCGCAGCCUGAGAUUCUCUUUGUGGCCAGAUGGGUUUGUAUGGACAGUCUUGUCCAUCUGUAACUUCAUUAAGGAUGACAUCUGAACUGGAGAGCAGCCUAACUUCCAUGGACUGGUUACCACAGCUCACCAUGAGAGCAGCCAUUCAAAAGUCUGAUGCAGCACAGAAUGCACAUGGAACAGGAAUUUCUAAGAAGAAUGCACUCCUUGACCCAAAUACAACUCUGGACCAGGAAGAAGUUCAACAGCACAAAGAUGGGAAGCCUCCAUAUAGUUAUGCCAGCCUCAUUACGUUUGCUAUUAAUAGCUCACCCAAAAAGAAAAUGACUUUAAGUGAGAUUUACCAGUGGAUUUGUGAUAACUUCCCAUAUUAUAGAGAGGCUGGCAGUGGUUGGAAGAAUUCCAUACGACAUAAUCUGUCACUCAACAAAUGUUUCCUUAAAGUGCCUCGAUCCAAGGAUGACCCUGGAAAGGGAUCCUAUUGGGCAAUAGACACCAAUCCGAAGGAAGACGCGCUGCCUACUCGGCCAAAGAAGAGGGCACGAUCUGUAGAACGGGCCUCAACUCCAUAUAGCAUAGAUUCAGAUUCUUUGGGAAUGGAGUGUAUUAUUUCGGGAAGUGCCUCUCCAACUCUGGCAAUCAACACUGUGACUAACAAAGUAACAUUGUACAAUACUGAUCAGGACGGUAGUGAUAGCCCACGCAGUAGCCUUAACAACAGUCUCUCAGACCAGAGUUUGGCAUCUGUUAAUUUGAACAGCGUUGGAAGUGUGCAUAGUUAUACACCGGUGGCAAAUCAUCCAGAACCAGUCUCUCAGUCAUUAACUCCUCAACAGCAGCCACAGUACAACCUUCAAGAACGAGACAAGCAACUACUUUUCUCAGAAUAUAAUUUUGAAGAUCUUAGUGCCUCAUUUCGGAGCCUUUACAAGUCAGUUUUUGAGCAGUCACUUAGUCAGCAAGGUUUGAUGAACAUCCCUUCUGAAUCUUCUCAGCAGCCCCACACUUCAUGUUCCUACCAGCACUCUCCUAGCAGCACAGUGAGCUCUCAUCCACACAGCAACCAAAGUAGCCUGUCCAACAGUCAUGGUAGUGGCCUCAAUACUACAGGCAAUAACUCGGUUGCACAAGUCCCUUUGUCCCAUGCUCAGAUGCACACACAGCCGUCUCCACACGCACCCCACCGGCCGCAUGGUUUACCACCACAUCCACAGCGUCCUCAGCACCCAGCCCCACACCCACAGCAACACAGCCAGCUCCAGUCACCUCCCCCGCAGCACCCCUCUCCACAUCAGCACAUACAGCAUCAUCCGAACCAUCAGCAUCAGACGCUAACACACCAGGCACCCCCACCUCCACAACAGGUAUCCUGUAACUCUGGUGUUUCAAAUGAUUGGUAUGCCACACUUGAUAUGCUAAAAGAAAGCUGUAGAAUUGCCAGCAGUGUUAAUUGGUCAGAUGUAGACCUUUCCCAAUUCCAAGGUCUGAUGGAGAGUAUGAGACAGGCAGAUCUCAAGAAUUGGUCUUUAGAUCAGGUUCAGUUUGCUGAUCUCUGUUCUUCCCUUAAUCAAUUCUUUACACAAACUGGCCUUAUCCACUCACAGAGUAAUGUUCAGCAAAAUGUUUGUCAUGGUGCCAUGCAUCCAACAAAAUCUUCCCAACACAUUGGAACAGGAAAUUUGUACAUAGACUCCAGGCAAAAUCUCCCUCCUUCAGUGAUGCCACCCCCUGGUUAUCCUCAUAUCCCACAGCCACUUAGCACCGCAGGAACAACGAUGGCAGGCCAUCACGGAACCAUGAACCAGCAGCACAUGAUGCCUUCCCAAGCCUUCCAGAUGCGGCGCUCCCUGCCCCCAGAUGACAUCCAGGAUGACUUUGAUUGGGAUUCAAUUGUGUAGGGUUUGUUUCUGUAAACCCUCAGGCCCCAGAGUCUCUGCAGUGAAGGGAAAAGGUUUAAAAGAAUCCAGUUGAGAAAAUGAGAUUCCUGAUCAUUUACCAAUGUUAUCAAAAAUUCUUUUGAAGACAAUCAAAACGAUUUUAGCUGGAUAACUUAAUUGCUUUUAUCUGACCCAAACAAGUACUACAUGUUUGUCUCCCUGCCAACUGCCCUAUGUAGCUCCUAACUGUUGUGUGAUUUGGACAGCUUUUUGCAUAUUUGUGUCAGUUUGAUGUUAACCACAAGUGCCAGACUGAUUUUUCAGACAGAGCCUAUUUUGCUGCAAGCAGUUUAUAGAUACAUAUGUGUAAAUACAUGUACAAAAAUUACUGAAAGGCUUCAGUUUUUCUAAUUGGAUUAUUAUGUAUUGAGAGGAAAGUUGCUGUCAGUUUUUAUUCCUUGUUAGGCUAUUUUCUGAAGGAUGCUUUUAAUUAAGGUAGGGAACUGAAAGGAAAUAGAUUUCUUCAAAGCUCAGUUUCCCUUAUUUAAUCUUUUUCAGAAAUGUGAGCAUUAACAAUUUCUAUUUAGUAAAUCAAGAAACCAAGAGCUUGGUGCUCUCCAAAUAAUCCAGAGGGGCAUGUUGUUCCUGAACAGCAGAAAGAACUGACCAAAAUUGUUUUAAUGUUGGGGGAGUAGAGAGUAUACGUUGUACCUUGUUGAUGUCUGUUUCCUAAGUCUGCAUUGUAAGAGUUCUGAAAUUUGAUUAGAAGCAAGCCUUUACUUGGGUCUUUAAGCAAAUCAAUGCCUCCACAUUAUAUAUUUAUUAUUCAGGAGUGUUUUUUUUUAAUAUUUAUUGCCACCUUUGUGAUUGGAUUUGCUAAAGGGAAAUGUAGUGUUUGAAAGCACAGAAUUAUUUUUAUUGCUGAGAGUUUACAGAUGAGACAAUCAGAGGGACAUUUGUCAUUUUCUAACACCACUCCUUUGCCAAGUAAGUACAUUUCUUUAUCUUAGCAUUCCUGCUGCUUUAGAUUUAAUAGAUAAAAUAAAUUGAACUUUUUUGGAAUUUGAAUGAAGAGUCCAUUUGGUCAAGAGAACAACAAGGCAGGGUUUAUAAAGAAAGUUUCCCCAUCUGUUUUCUUUCUGUUUAGGAAGCAUCGACAGGAGGUAGGGCUACAAAUAUUUGCCUCAAUAUUUAGUGUAGUUGUAAAGUGGCCUGCUGUUGCUAUGUCCUGUGUGCACCUAAAAUUUGGUCACUUUCUUUGAAAGGAAGCUCUUUUAGGGGUUUUUAACUGUUCUGUUUCAUGUCUUUUCUCAGUUCCUUUGCAUGGAUUGUCUGUGUUUUAUAAUGGAGCUGGAAGAAAUAGGAUUUUUUCCUUCAUGAAUAGGUUUUGAAUUGAUUCUUAGGACACCCCUCUCCCCCCAUCCUUUCAAUUUUAAAGGGUUCCAUCAAUUUGAGGAAUAUCUACUUACUAUUUGCUGUUUAGCAUCUCUGGUCUCCAUCAGCCAUGUUAAAUCACUUUAAUUAGCCUUAGUGAUUCUUUGAUUGAGUAAUCUCUACUUCUCUGUAUAUGUAUAUUUGAGAGAGGAAGGAGGGAGGAGGAGAGAGAGUAACAUAGGAUUUUUUUGUUUUGUUUUGUUUUGUUUUUGUUUAACGGAGUUUUGCCUUCCAUGAAUCACUGGGAAGGCAGCCAUGCUAAGGGCUGGUGAGCUUGGAGAAGAAGGGAGAGCUUUGUGUUUCUCUGUUGUUUGGACGCUGCUUGGCAUGGAAAAGGAAGCUCAAUUUCAGACCCUUGGAUCAGUGAAUAUCAGAGGAUUCUGGAAAGGCAACCAACAGGCCCUUCUUAGAAGGAUCAAGGCAGGAGGAGAUUACAGCCUACAGAGUAAAAGCUUGAAAAAGGGGAUGAUUUUCAGUAGUCUACUUGAAUCACUGUUUUCUAGGCACCAAAAUAGCAUUGAAAUCUUCUGAAUUGCUUGGAUAGCAAUGUGCACUUUAAAUAAUUUGGGUAUUGGAAUGUAGCCUCUUAAACUAAAGGAUUUAGGUAAAACCACUGACUAUAAUUUUACAAAUUAUGUCAAGCAAAUUUCCCAUUUGGCAAUGAUUUACUAAUUUUCAGUGGUCUAUAUUUCUAUGAGUAUUUAAACUUACCAAGAAUGGCCCUGGAGGCAGUCUUCACCCAUACCUGCCCCGCUCUCCUGUGAUCCAGGUGGCCCAGGGGCUGUGGGGCCUGACAGGGCUUCCUGGUGAGGUCCAGUGUCCCUCUAGUGGCCAUUUCUGUUGGUAAUUACUAACGCAGAGUACAUUCUGUCUUGGGCUUAAAUUAAAGACUUGGGGAAACAUUAAUAAAUGCCUGUAAUCAAACAGGGACACUCUGUCCAGGAGAAUAAUCCGACUGGCAUUUGUGGCAGUUUUUGAAAUGUAAAUGUAUUCACGUGUGUUCUUGUAAAUAUGUGUCUCUCAAAUGUCCUUUGAAGUGGGAGGGAAUCAAUCUGGGGAUAAUUUCAAAUGGAAUAGAGUAUUUUGAUAUUGUUCAUUCAGAGGGUGAUGUGUACAUAUCUAUAUUGUAUAUAUGUGAUGAAAAUGCAUUGGCUUUUUGUGCAGACACAACCUGCUUUCUGUACUGAUGUUGGACAGUCAGUGUUUUAAUGUUUCUACAGUUUUGCUAUUGCACGAUUUCAUAUUCUGCCUCUAUGAUGAACGACACCCAUUCUUUGUAACUGUUUAGUGCUGUAAAGAAAUAUCCCAAGUGUCAUUAGGAUUGUUGCUGCCAGAACUGAUAUGCAUGAAUGGCACUUAAAAUAAAUAUAUUAUGUUAACUCUA